GAGAUGCACCAAGAUACUUGUGCUGUUCUGGCACGAGUGUAAUUCUCGAUGUGGCAACGGAUUUUGCGUAAAUCCGGAGUCCCCUGCCUUUUUGUUUCUUUGUUUUACUUUUUGAAGCCUGCUCCCUAAUAUUCUCUAGGAGGAACCGCCCGGAAGGUCAUCUGUCCAUGGAUUUGCCGCAAGGGCGAGCCUCUCCUUGUGUUUGGGCGGCACAUCUUGUCUUGUCAACAGCAUGGCUUGCAUCUUUUAUGGUGGCCUGGGCUUGCUAUUUAGAGGGGAAAAGCGGAACAAAGUGCUUGCGCUCAUGCACGCAUACCUACAUCAACACACUUCAAGGCUCACACGAUGCGUUCGAUAAUUGCUUAAUGUCAGAGAAGAUCAGGAGAUCAGGGAGACGAACGAAGACUUGUCCUCAGCAGUCAGCCGACAUAACGGGCCGCUCAGGUCCAGCUGUUUGUCGGCCCGACGUGACCAAUAAUGCACGGAACGGCUUUGACUAUGAGCCCUUCAUUCAGUUGUAGCUUCCACUCUAUGGGUGGUACUUUCCCUGAGCAAAGUGCCCAUUCUAUUUUCUGUCUGCAAUGUGGAAGGACAGUCCCGUCCUUAUUGGCAGCACUUGCUUUCGCUCUAGCUUCAGGUACUAAUUCAUCUGGCAGGUUCCGUGGCUGGAAGUGGCCGUCUUCCAACACC